UUGCGCCCGGUAUCGGGGUUUGAGAUGCGCGUUAACGGCUCGUCGGACUCGUGCUCGGGGAACGCGCUGGUAGAUCUGUCGGAGCCCCGGGACCGGGAAGUAACGUGGGGUCCGGUAACGGGCGUCGCGGUGUCCGGUGCGGGUCUCGCGCUGCUCGCGGCCGCGCUCCUCUACGCUUGUCACCGGAAGCUGCUCAUCUCUGCUCCGUGUGGAGGCCUGCGCAGGAGUGAGGAGGAGGAGGAGGAGGAGGAGAGCGGCUGUGACCGCCGGAGCUGCGGACCGGAUGAACCGGAGUCUCAGUGGACGGUCAACAGAGAUGUGGCUGCGUUUGCCCUGAAGGCCAGAGUGAUCUACCCCAUCAACCAGAGAUACAGGCCGCUGGCGGAUGGAGCCUCUAACCCCUCUCUGCACGAGCCGCCCAGGCGUCAGGACUCCGCCUCCUCGCUGGCUGAUGAUUGGCCGAGCCACGAGAGGGAGGAUGAUGACAGCGGUCAGUUUGUCUCCUGCGGCCCCUCGUCUAAAACACACGCCAGUCACGUGUUCAGGAGAGUCCAGCAUUACCCACAAACCCCCUGCCACUCACGGGUCAGCCUGGUGUGUGUGACUCUGGAGGAACUGCAGCGACACACGUCACGCCUGCAGCGGGAGAAGCACACAAUGUUUCUGCAGAUUCUGCGCGUGUUGCUGGACGAGAGAGAACACGCUGACAUCAUCCAGGAGGCGGAGCUUCUGGCGAGAGGCGUGUCUGUGGAGGAGGGGCCGGAGUCAGGUGCUGUGCAGGAGGUGGAGCUUCCAGCGAGAGGCGUGUCUGUGGAUGAGGGGGCGGAGUCAGGUACUGUGGAGGGGGUGGAGCUUCUGGCGAGAGGCGUGUCUGUGGAGGAGGGGGCGGAGUCAGGUGCUGUCCAGGAGGCGGAGCUUCUGGCGAGAGGCGUGUCUGUGGAGAAGAGGGCUGAGUCAGGUGCUGUGCAGGAGGCGGAGCUUCUGGCGAGAGGCGUGUCUGUGCAGGAGGGGGCGGAGUCAGGCUCAGUCACAUGUUCUGUGGAGGAGGUGGAGAAGGCGGGACGGGAGCAGCUGGAGCGAUCACUGCAGACGGCUGUGAGUUUUGCAGAGCAGUUGCAGCGGCUCUGGCAGAAUCUUCAGCGCAGGUUUUCCCGGGACGUCUCAGAGGAAGUGAUGCGUAUCAUCAUGGGAUGCCUGCGAUCAAUGGAGGAGGUUCUGUCCGAGGUUCAGGCGUCAGUCCUGCAGAUGCUGAUUGACAGGAUCGAGUGCUGGGAGGAAGUGAGCGACUGCCUGAGAGGAAGGACCACCCUCCUGAAACUGGAGGCGGAGCUUAUGGUGAAAGCCACGGGCCAAUCAGUGGAGCAGCUGAGAUGUGAUGGACAGCUGGACACACAGAUUCUCAGUGACUUCCAGACUGCGGUUAAUGAAGCAGUGGAGCAGAGCGCUGAGGAGAUCAGACGUCAGACGGAGACACUAGCGCUCGAGCUCGCUCAGAAGAUCUGUGUGAGGAGGAGGAGGAUGAUGAAGACUCAGAGCUGCGAGUGGAGUCGCGUGUCACACACACACUCACACACAGACACACACUCAGACGCCCGACUCAUGAUGAAGGCGUGUGCGGAGCUGCAGGCGAGACACUGGCGUCAGAGGAGAGAGUUUGAGCUGCAGCAGGACAGCAGAAUCACUGAGGCUCUGUGUGAACGCUGGACGAGCUUGUUUGGUCAGAGUCGUGGACGCUUGGCUGAUUUGUGCGCAGAGUUUGUCCUGAGCAGCAUCACUACAGGCUCCACCCCCACUACAGGCUCCACCCCCACUACAGGCUCCGCCCCCACUACAGGCUCCACCCCCACUACAGGCUCCGCUCCACCCCCACUACAGGCUCCGCCCCCACUACAGGCUCCGCCCCCACUACAGGCUCCACCCCCACUACAGGCUCCGCCCCCACUACAGGCUCCGCCCCCACUACAGGCUCCACCCCCACUACAGGCUCCGCCCCCACUACAGGCUCCGCCCCCACUACAGGUUCCGCCCCCUCUUCAGGCUCCGCCCCCUCUGCAGACCUCUGCCAAUCAGUGCUGA